UAAUAAUAAUACUUGGAUUUGGUUUGGUCUGGGGAUCUGGCCUAAGGGCUAAUGAAUAACAUUUAUGUAUUACGAAUCUGAAUCCUAAUAAUCCCUGCGUGUGUUUCUCUUGGGCAGGCGGGCGGAGGCUCCUCCUCUUCUUUUUCCGAGGCCAAAAGGGAAGGGAAGGGAAAGCAAGGGCAGCCAUUGAGCUUUCCCUCUCUCUCUCUCCCUCCUUCCUUCUUUCCCUCCAUCCACCCAGAGCUCCUCCUCUUCCUCCUCCUCCCCCUCCCCUUCUUCUCUUCCCAGCAAAAGAAGCCAGAGCGGCCGGGAGGAAGAAGGGAAGGAGGAAGGGAAGGAAGAAGGAGAAGGGCAGAACACCCCCCCCACACACACACACACCUUCCUUGGCACUCUUUCAUUCUCUCUAUUUCAUUCCUCCCUUCCUUCUCUCCCUUCCCUCUUCCUUUUUCUCCCUUGAUCCCUUCUUUCCUUCCUUUUCUCAGCUUGAUCCCUCUUUCUCUCCUUCUCUCCUUUUUCUCCGAUUUAUCUCUUUCUCUCCUCUCCCUUGAUUCUUUCCUUCUUUCUCUCCCUUCCCUUGAUCCCUUCUUUCCCUCUUUUUUCUCCGAUUUCUCUUGCUCUCCUUUCCUCCCUGCCUUCUUCUUCCUCUCCUUCCCCUCCUCUCUCUCUCUCCUCCUUCCUUCCAUUCAUUCUUUCCUUCUCUUUUCUCUCUCGUUCUUCCUUCUGGCCAUGACCCUUCUUGCUUGCGGCCGCCGCCGGCCUUUGCAGCAUGAGGACAACCAAGAAGCUGGGUGACUCCUGACCUUUCACCCCCCAAAACAUGGCUGCUCAGGUGACUCCAAAUACCAAGAUCGAGAGAUCUAGGAUUAUUAUAUUACAUGGUUAUAUUAUGACUAUAUAGAUACUGUAGAGUGACCCUCCUCCACCCGCCCGCCAUGUCCGACCCGUCGGCCGUCAUCGAGUGGUCAGCCUGCCGCAGCAUCCGCCCCUUCCGCUCCAGCGAGGCCUACCUGGAGGCCAUGAAGGAGGACCUGGCCGAGUGGCUCAACGCCCUCUACGACCUGGAGGUGCGGCCCGAGGGCUUCCUGGAGGCCUUGGAGACCGGCCACGGCCUCUGCCGCCACGCCAACCACCUCAACAGGGUGGCCGCCGAAUUCGAGGCCCUCCACCCCGAGGCGGCUGCCUCACUCCGGGUCCCCAGGGCAGAGGUGGUCUUCCAGGCCCGGAGCGUGGCCCCGGGCUCCUUCCUGGCCCGCGACAACAUCUCCAACUUCAUCCGCUGGUGCCGCAAAGAGCUGGGCAUCCCGGACGUCCUCAUGUUCGAGACCGAGGACCUGGUGCUCAAGAAGAACGAGAAGAACGUGGUGCUCUGCCUCCUGGAAGUCGCGCGGAGGGGCUCCAAGUUUGGGAUGCUGGCCCCGACCCUGGUCCAGAUGGAGGAAGAGAUUGAGAAGGAACAGGAAGAGGAGGAGGCCGAGGAGGAGGAGGAGGAGGAGCAGGAGCGCCGCCGCUGCCACCGGGACGAGCCCCUCCCCAGGAGACCCCCCAGGCCCCAGCAAAUGGCCCUCGUCCACCUCCGCAACCUUGACGAGCUGGUGCGGGAGAUCCUGGGCCAUUGCAGCUGCCCCUCUCAGUUCCCGAUGGUCAAGGUCUCGGAAGGGAAGUACAAAGUGGGCGACUCCAACGCUCUCAUCUUCGUCCGGGUGCUGCGGAGCCACGUGAUGGUGCGCGUCGGGGGAGGAUGGGAUACGCUGGAGCACUACCUGGACAAGCACGACCCCUGCCGCUGCAGCGCCUUUGCGCACCGUCUGAACCCAUCGCGGGGCCUGGCUUUCUCCCCACAAAAGAUGGCCGCCACGCCCGGAAGUCCCCAAUCGGGGAGUCCCGUUACGCCGCGAAGGGCCGCCAGAACAACUGGGAACGAUGGGCCUUGCAGUAAGUCCAGCCCUUUGAAAGGAGCUGCAGCCAACGGUCAGCAGCGGGACAACAGCAGCCUCAGGUCCUUAAGAGCGCGGCGUCUCUCCGGCGACAGCGACUCCUCGGCCUCCUCCCUCCAGAGCGGGGCCCUGGGGCGCAAGCGCAGUGACGAAGCCAAAGUGGCCGCCAGGCGGGUCUCGGAAGGGGCCGUCCUGCAGCUCCGUCCCGGUCCCAAGAAGCAGCCGCCGGACAGCCGAAGCCACUCCAGAGAACGGGGGGCCGUCGUCGCGUCCCGGAAGCCAGAGGCGGAAGAACGAGGCCGGUCGCGGUUGCCCAACGGGGCCCAGAGCCCUCGCCCUCGAGCCCGGAGCCAGGGCCGGUCCGGCGGUGGGCCCGUCUUGCUCAUCAGUCGAGGAAAGGACGGUCAACACUCGCUGGUCCGAGCCGAGGAGCCAAAAGGAGCGUCUGGACGAGCCACCCCUGGGACCAAGAGCCCGGCCGGCUGCAGGAGUCCGGUGCUGACCCAUCGACGGGGCUCCCUCCCGGCAAACAAAGUGGCUGAAUCCGCCACCCGGAGGCAGCGCCAAGGCCCGAAACAGUGCGACAACAUCGGACAGGAGUUGGAGCAACUGGCUCGCACUUUCCGGAGUCCGCUCCGCCUGGAUCCGAGCCAGGAGCAGCAACUCUAUCGCCGUUUGGAGGAGGAGUUCUUGGCCAACUCGCAAAUGAUGGAGGAGGAAGAGGAAGACGAGCCCAUCGAGUCCCUGAGCCGCCCGCGCUUGUUGCAAACCAACACUGCGGAUCCCGGCGCGGCAGCAGAUUCGGCCUAUUGCUCUUCCAGCUCGUCCUCCUCGUCCCUGAACUUCUUCUCCAAGUACGGCCUGCAGCCCGAUUCCAAAGAGGAGCCCAAGCGGAGGUUGCGGGUGCCGGACGCCGCGGAUCCCUCGGAGGGCUGGGAGAGGAGGAAGCCAGCCCUGUCCAGCUCCUCCGACGAGAGCAACUCCUACCUGGGUCUCAACGAACUGGCCGAAGGGGGGGACGCUUUCUGGCGGGGCAAAGAGGCGGCCACCGCGGCUCCGGAGGGAGAUCUGGGCCCGUCUUCGUCACCACCGCCUCGUGCAAUGGAGGAGGAGGAGGAGGAGGAGGAGGAGGAGGAGGCGGUCGUCCUCCGCCCGAAGCCCUCCCUGAAGAAGCCCGAACGCGUGCCUUCCAUCUACAAGCUCAAGCUGCAGCCCAUCAUCAGGCCCCGCACCGACUCGCAGCCGGACAAGACGCCCUCCAAGAUCCCCACGCCCCUCAGCUACAAGGCCGCCAAACCGGCCCCGGAGAACACCCCCAAGCGUCCGUGGGCUGCCUUCCAUGACAUCUUUUCAGCCGAGUCCGGAGUGGCCGAUGACGAAGGCUCCUGGGCUUGAGGAGCAGAAGGGCCGCCAUCGUGUCCCAAGGAAGGGACGGAACGGACCGCCCAACAAAAAGGGUCCUGGGCUGGAGGACAGAGUGGACAGACAGAUUGGGCCGCCGUCGUGUCCCCACCAAGGGGUCCUGGGAUUCAGGAGGACGAUGAAGGCACAGAAGGGGAAGCCGUCUUGUCCCCACCAAGGCUCCGAGGCCUGAGGGCAGAACGGAACACCAUCUUGUCCCAAAUUCCGCACCUUGAACUCUUUUUCCUGCUGCUAUCGCUGCCUUGUUUGCGCAAAAACCCGCUGCUGCUCCGAUAUGGAGCUCUGGGGGGGGGGGGGGUGGAAUUAGGGGGUGCCUUCCUUUAAUAUUAUUAUUACUGUUGUUGUUGUUCUUAAUUUCUGGGUCUGGAGGAUGUGCAUGGCUUUGGCGGCAGCAUGCUUUCAGGGGUGGAGUCCUCAAGCACUGGAGUUGUGGAAGGGGAGUCCGGCACUGCUCUCUUGUGUCGGUUUCAUACUGAUAGAACGCCCGCCGCGGUGCGGAUGUUGGGGUCGACAAUCUACUGUAACCCCUUUUGUUUCCCUAUUUGCUUUGGGUCGACAUGACUGCUGUCACCUGCUCGUGGUUCUGCGCUUCCCGUCCCGUUGGUUCUCACUUUUGUUGCUCCCUUUAAUCUCAAAUCCCCAUUAGUCCCUCCCAGCGCGUUUUGGAGAAGUUCCGAUGCUUAACGGUGACUCUGACGUCUUCCGUAAAGACAGUUUCAGGAAAAUAUUUUCUCAAUUUUUUUUAGCAAAUCAUUCAAAUGAGACACUCACUUUUCUGCUAUUUUUUAAGGAAAUCAUUCCAAGGAGAGGCUCGCGUUCAUCUUAUUUUUUAGCAGAUCAUUCGGAUGAGACGCUUGCUUUUCUGCUAUUUUUUUAAGCAAAUCAUUCCGAGAAGAGGCUGGCAUUGGCCUUAUUUUUUAGCGGAGCGUUCAGAGGAAAGUCUUGUUUCUUGUCUUUUGAGCGGAUCAUUCAGAGGAGGGGCUGGUAUUUCUUGGCAUACGAUUCUUGCCGAAGUCUUGCACAUGAAUCCUUUCUCUUCGGCAGGAGACUUCUUCAGGGACCAGGACUGUGUUGCACCUCCCUUCCCGUCCUAACGUACUGUAGCUUUGUCUUAAUUAAUCUAUGCAUAUUUAUAAUGAGCUCCGCCUCCCAUCCUGACCCUGACGAAUGUAGCGAAAACUGAACCGAAUCCCGGACAGUAAACUUAGAGCAAAUGCA